GAAGGAGGAUGAGAAUCUUCAGGACGAGUCUGACGUGGAGCGGCAUCUUGAAUCAACGGCGGCCGUGCCUGCCUCCUCCCUCCCGCCGGCUGCUCCACGUCGGCCAGCGGGCCUCCCUCACCAAAGCCUUCUCCUCCCGCGACGUGGAGCUGUUCGCCGAGCUGACGGGCGACACCAACCCCCUCCACCUGGACCGGGCCUACGCCAGCACCACCUCCUUUGAGACGCCCAUCGUCCACGGCGUCCUCAUCAACGGCCUGAUCUCGGCCGUGCUCGGCACCAGGAUGCCCGGCCGCGGCUGCAUCUUCCUGUACCAGGAGAUCCGGGGCCGCCCGCCUACCUCGCAGGGCGAGGGGUGACCCGAAGCCGAGGUCCGCAGAUCAGAAGAUCUGGCGUUGCCUUCGCCGCCCGUGGCUUCGUCGGACAAGAAAGUGGUGAUGGAGGGGGAGGUGAUGGUGAUGAUGCCCGAGGAACAGCAGAAGGAGUGGAGGGAGGAGGAGGAGGAG